AUGGCUUCUUCAGAAACCCUAAAUAUUAAUCAAUUACCCGUGUCGAACGGCGGCCCUAAACUCGAACCAGAGGCCGUUCAAUUCUCCGAUGACGACCCCCUUCUAGAAGCUUCUUCUUCGUCUUCUUCAACCGUCGCCUUACAGAAAGUGACCAUCAAAGCCGUACCCGAGUGCGACGCGCUCGUCGCUUCGAAAUCGGUACCUCAAUUCACAGUUCUAAUCGGACUAAAGGCGCCCCCUUUACCUCCUUCUCAACGCGGGGCCCCAGUCGACCUUGUUACGGUUCUUGAUGUCAGUCGCAGCAUGCACGGAACAAAGCUGAAUCUCCUUAAACGGGCCGUAAAUUUCGUGAUCGAUGAAUUGGGCCCUUCUGACCGACUCUCGAUAGUAUCUUUCUCCAAUCAAGCUCGGAGAAUAUUCCGUUUGUCAAGAAUGACGGAGAGUGGGCGAAGAGAUGCCAAGCUCGCCGUUGACUCGCUCUUGACAAGUAGCGGCACGAAUAUAGUCGAUGGCCUCAAAAAGGGUUCGCGGGUUCUCGAAGAACGGCGUUACAAGAAUCCGGUCACGAGCAUCAUGUUCUUGUCCGACGGAAACGACCACUACAAUGGUCGUGGCCCGUAUUUUCAUUUAUUGCCUCCUUCGAUUUACCCUGGAAAUAAUAGCGGGCCCCACGAAAAUGUAGAGACUAUACCUGUCCACUCGUUCGCUUUUGGGUCGGACCACGAUCCGGUUACGAUGCACGCGAUUUCCGAUGCGUCGGGAGGUACUUUCUCAUUCAUCGAGUCGUACGAGAUGGUGCAGGGCGCGUUCGCCAGCUGCAUCGGCGGUCUUUUGAGCGUGGUGACUCGUGGGCUCCACUUGUCGCUGAGGUCAGCCUCAAAAGGUGUGGUGAUGAAAUCGAUACCUUCCGGAAGGUACGCGAGCGAAAUCACCAAUCGAGGGUCGAAAGCCCUCAUCAAUGUAGGCGACCUCUACGCGGACGAAGAGAAAGAAUUCUUGAUCAAUUUAUCCGUCGCCGCGCGGAAGACGUUGCUUUUGGACAUUGUGUGUUCUUACAUUGACGUGGUGUCGGAGAAGGAGACGGUGGAGAUCGAGAGCGUCGAGAUAAGACGUGUAAAGACCGUUUCGCCCUCGGACACGAAGGUGAAGUUGGAGGUCGAUCGGCAGAGGAACCGGCUACAUGCGGCGGAGAGCAUUGCGGAGGCACAAAAGAUGGCGGAAAUGGGAGAUGUAACGGGGGCGCGUGAUUUGCUAGCCAAGGGUAGAACGGACAUUCUCGGUUCUUCUUCGGCUCAAGCGGGGGAUGAUAUGUGCGUGUGGCUCGAAGAAGAUAUGAAAGAGACCGAGAGAAGAAUGGGGAGUGCGGAACAAUAUCAAAAAGAGGGUCGAGCGUACGCACUCUCGGGUAUGAGCUCGCACGGUGCACAAAGGGCGACGACGAAAGGGAAAAAAGUCGUCGGAGCGGAAAGACGAUAUAGUCCUUAUUCGACUAAAAGUAUGGCUCUUAUGGUUGUCAAAGCCGAGCAACUUAGCGACGACGAGACGAAGCCGAUUAUUAAGAAGGAGCCGGAGAAUUAG